UCUGUCAGAGGUUCUGUGCAGUUCUGUGCAGUUCUAUGGUCUGUCGCGACUAACUAACCGGACGGCAUUUUCAUUUUUGCUAAAAGCUAAAAGUUGCAAAUUUGGUCAAACUGAACUCUAUUUUUUGUUAUUUUAAGUUUAAAUUAGUUCCUGACAAUAAUCAAAAUGUUUUGGGGUUUGAUAAUGGAGCCUCAAAGGCGCUAUACACAAGAGGUUAAUAAGUCGUUUCACAUAUCCAUGGCAACUCUGGAUUUGGAAAGUUCCAGUGAUGGAUAUGCCCAGGUUAUCUGCACAUUCAAUGGUAAAAACUACUUAUUAUGCACCUUACAAAAGCCUGGUCUGAUUCAAUGUGCCCUAGACCUCGAAUUCGCUGCUGGAACGCAAGUUUCCUUCGCUGCUAAUGGCAAAUCUCACAUUCACCUCACUGGAUACUUAACCGACUAUGAUGAUGAGGAAGGUUUAACUUUAGAAGACUUAGAUGAGGAAGAGGAGCAACCAGAUAUUGUAGAGCAAGGAUCCGCAUCAAAAAAACGGGCCUUGAAAGAAAAUGGAACCAUCUCUAGAUCAUCUAAGAAGGCAAAAUUGGAAAAUGGUACUUCUACAGAAGAUGUUGAGGAAGAGGAAGACUCAUCUGAUGAAGACUUUCUUGGAACAGAAGAACAAGAGGAUGUAAGUGAAGAAGACGACAGUGGAGAAGACGAAAACCUCUCGGAAGAGGCAGAGGAUGAAGAGGAAGUGGAAGAACCCAUUAUUGAGGAGGAAAUAGUUAGUAAAAAACAGCAGCGAAAACUCAAAAAGGAAAAAAAUAAGGAACAGCAAGAAUCAAACCAAUCACCUCAAAAGACUAAACAAACUUUGAAAGGCGGCGUGAUUGUGGAGGAUUUGGUGGAAGGCAGCGGCCCUCCAGCCAAAAAUGGAAAAUUUAUUACUGUUUACUAUGAAGGAAAGCUCCAGAAGAACAACAAGAUUUUUGACAAAACGGAAAAAGGGCCCGGUUUUAAGUUUCGACUCGGAACUGGCGAAGUUAUUAAAGGUUGGGAUAUUGGUAUAGUUGGCAUGAAGGCCGGUGGAAAGAGGAAAAUUAUUUGUCCCCCUCAAGUUGCGUAUGGAAGUAAAGGAUCUCCUCCGGCCAUACCUCCAAAUUCGACUUUAGUUUUUACAGUUACCCUUAACAAAUUGAAAUAGGCAUACUAAGGAUUUGUCUUUUACCAAUCCGAACACCUGUGGUCGUCUUAAGUGUCCAUAUUUGUUCAAAGUUUAAGCAUUACCAGUUUUUUGUAACACGUUAAGUACUUUUCCAUUUAAAUUUUUUGAUUUUUAAUAAAUAAAUUUAUUUGGUAUAA